AUUGGAUCAUCGCCCGUGAAGCCCGCAGCAAAGCCCAGUGGUUUUAAAGAGUCUAAGACUCUUGAACCCAUGGUUGUCACAUUGAGCAUUUGCCGGUAGUGAAUAAGAAUUCCAGCAACCAACGCUAUUUGGCUCCGGAAGAUGCGUCCAUGCCUUGGGAUUAGACAGCUAGAGUGACAGGAAGGUCAAGUAUGGCGAAGAUGAGGCUGCUACUGCUCUUGAAGCCUUUCGACAUGUACCCAGUUGGCCAACACUUCUGUCAGUCCCGCAUUACCAAUCCCAAGGUGGAUGCAUUUCCACGAACUACCCAACUUUUACUUCUCCGUUGGUUUUGUGAGGGUGUUAGUUAGUUUAAUUAUUAAAAUGGUAGGGAAUCGAUGGGUCUUCUUUCUGGGUUUCUUGUCUUGUGUUCAGCUUGAAUGUCACGAAGACGUCCUGUUCGAUGAAAUGCCUCACUCAGGACAAAGUUCCCCUUUUUGCUUUUAUGUGGUCUGCGUCUAUUUCAUUCUGGAUCCUAUACCUUGAAGCUUGGGCUGUUAACAAAACCAAUUGACUUAUCAAACCAUUUUUGUUACAACAAGAGUUUCUUCAGCUUAGUCAUGCUCUGUUGUAGAGUUCGACGUGGUAUAUGAGGUAUAGAGGUUGAAUGAUCCCCGAUUUCUAUAAGGAGAACAUCUUGACACCAAAGUUUCUCUAUUUAUUCUACCCUGUUCUUUGUUUUUUCCCCUUUCUGGAGCUAAAAGCUCUUUUGCAUAAUUCGAAAUAAUUCAAUUGCCGAGUUAAGCCCUUUGUCGGCUGAUGCUUGCCAUCUCCAUAUAUCUAAUGUGGACAUCUAUUUCAUACAUUGCAGAUUUUUCAAUUCCUAGAUAAUAGGCGGAAGGUCCACAAAGAAGCUGUGAACUUCUGUCAGAGCAUUUUACAGAGGAAGGCAGUUGAUUGGGAGCCGGUUUUACGUGCUAACCUGUCUCAACCAAUUCAUAAUUUUGAUUUUGUUGUUACUGUUGGUUGUGAUGGCACUCUUCUGAAAGCAAGUCAUUUCAUGGAAGAUUCAAUUCCGGUUCUUGGAGUGAACUCAGACCCAACUAAAGUUGAAGAGGUAGGGCUCUUGAUCCAGUCUAUGUAGCAUCUGGGAGUUUGCUGCAUUUUACACUUGAUUUCAGUGCCUUCUCUUGUAGGUUGAGGAAUUUGGUGACGAUUUUGAUGCUACCAGGAGCACUGGCUACCUGUGUGUGCGGCAACUAUGAAUAACUUUGAACAGGUUCUAGAUGAUAUCCUAGACGGUCGUAAACAGCCUUCCGAAUUGUUGAGGAUGUCGAUUCGAGUAAACUCACAGCUGUUAUCUACGUUUGCCCUUAACGACAUAUUGGUAGCACACCCAUGCCCUGCAACAGUCUCUCGAUUUUCAUUUAGGAUUACAAGGGGUGACAAAUCAAGUACGCCACUAGUGCACUGUAGAAGUGGCAUUAGAGUCUCAACUGCUGCCGGUUCGACAGCUGCAAUGCUCUCAGCAGGUGGGUUCGAGAUGCCAAUCUUAUCGCAAGACCUCCAAUACAUGGUUCGAGAACCCAUUUCACCUGCAACUGCUGUUUCUAGCUUGACGAUGCAUGGGACUAUGAAGCCAGACGAGGCCAUGGAGAUGACUUGGUCCUCAGAGAAGGGUUUUCUAUACAUUGACGGUUCCAACGUUGUGCAUAGUAUUCAGUAUGGAGACACAAUUCAAACGUCUGCUGCAGCCCCUCAUUUGAAAGUUUUCUUGCCCGACAGGCUGGAGUCCUCAUGAACAAUUCAGACUAGAACCACUAAUGUAAAUAAUAAAGCAAAGGUCUGCAAAAUGUUCUUGUUCUGGUUGUACACCUGUAAAGUUACCGAGCCAAUUCCCUAACUUCAUCAACGGGUUGCUCGGUGCUCCAAAAGCUAGGUUAGAAGCUUCAGGCUUCAGCAGCUUUUCUGUUCCCAGAGAAUAAGGUAUGGCUGUUUGU